GUGAAAGUAACUCCUGCAUCCUGUUGAUUCUUCUGACAUGAAGCUUUAAGCAGCGACUGCCAACAGAAACAUAAACUUCUACUUAAAUGAUACUGAAUCACGACUCAUGUUCUUCUGUCUCCAGGGAAAUCUGUAAAAACUCCACACAAGUCUUCCAGGCAUCAUGAUCCUACUUUCUAUUACCAUCUUCUGGCUCUCUGUCUGUGUGGUCCCCCUUAGUGAAGAUCCUUCCAUUACUGUAGAAGCUCAUGUGGGUUCCACAGCUCUCCUGCCAUGUCACCUGCGUAAAGUCUUCACCCAAACUCCACAUAUUCGGUGGCAUGCUGAUAAUGAGGUUGUGUUUGAGAGAAGCUUUGAUGUUACACAUGAGGGUCCAGGAUAUGAAGGACGUGUGGACAUUCCUGAGGAAGAACUGUGUAAAGGAAACUGUUCUCUGGUGUUGAAGGACGUCAGAUUCACUGAUCACACUUUCUACAGAUCUUUUGUGGUGGAACAUGUGGAGGAUACAAACACUGACAAAUCUACAGAAAUCAACAAAAUUCAACUCGAUGUUUUUCAGAGUGUAUCAGCUCAGGUGGGAUCCACAGCAGUGCUGCCAUGUGACUGGAGACAUCUGUCCAUUGAAACACCUCAUGUUGAGUGGAGUAUUGGUCGUGAGAUCGUGUUUGAGCGAAAGGGUAAAGAGUCAUCUCAGGGUAAAGGAUAUGAGGGACGUGUGGACGUUCCUGAGGAGGAGCUGCUUAAAGGAAACUGUUCCCUGGUGUUGAAGAACGUCAGUGUUACUGAUGAAACUCUGUACAGCAGCUACAUUUUAAUGACAGACAAAAAGAAACCUGUGUUGGUCCAGAACAUUAAAGUUUCAGUCAGUGAAAAAUCUGAAGAGAGUAAAGAUGAUCCAUCAGCUUCCUCAGCUGGUGGAAUAAACAAGGCAAUCAUCAUCACUAUUUGCAUCCUGUGUUCUGUUCCUCUCAUAUUACUGCAAUUUUCAUAUGGAGCUCCAGAUCACAGAAUAAUAGAAAUGAGAUCUCAGUGUAUCUCCCUUAAAUCAACAAGUGAACACCAGUGAGAUGCAGGAGAACAUUUCUGAUUGAUGUUUACAUGAAGCUGUGAUGCUGAAACACCACAAUAUCAGUACAUGUACACACAAAGAGAAGAAUGUAAAACAAGGACCAAAAACCAACACAGGGCAAGAACUAGGAGCAAGGAAGAAACCAAUGAGAAUCACAGCAAGAACCAAUCGACUUCAACAAAAACUUUACAAGAAGAUGCUGAAAAAACUGGUUGAUGAGACAGCUGCUACUGUCUGUACUGCUGAGUGCAACUAAUAGCCAAUUAUUCUCAGGUGUUAAUGUUUAGCAAUUGAUUAAAUAAAAAGGGAAAA